UUGAAAUUUUUUAUCAUCCAAAAAUUUUCUUAUCUGUUUUCUUUUUAAAAAAUGAAAAUGAAGUAAUUUUCAUGUCAGAAUUUUUAUUAUGUAGAUAUUAUCAAGUUCAGCUAUGAAGCAUUUCAAGAUAAUUUUACUACUAACCAUCUUCGUGAUACAUUUCUAUCCAUCUGCGGCAGCAAAUCGUAAGAAACGUCCUCUUAUGCCGAAUUAUGUUCCGGCCCAUGUUUGGAAAGCCAGCAACUUCAUAACAGAAUACCACCGGAAGAAAUUUGUCGAAGGAGUAUUCCGAAAAAUUAGUCAACCGUAUUUAACCAGCGUUACCGAUGAAGAUAUUCCUGACAUGAAUGUGGUCAAUGCACUUGCAUCAGUCAUCUCCAACGAACUGAUGGAAAAACAUCGGGCCGAUGAGGCAAAAAAUGCCACAAAUUCUAGCACAACUCAACCCGUCCCAGAACCCGAAGACGCUUCUACUCAAAAAUACAUCGCUAACUGCGAAAAAUACGAUUAUAUUGGCUCUCCUACUGUCGAGAUCGUGAAUUUGACGAGAUUCGAUGAAAUCCUGAGUCCCAAACAAAACAUUACUAGUAGACAUGUCGCUGCGCCUUGUGUUUUAGCUCUGUUUUAUGCGCAUACGUGUCCAUUCAGUGCGAUGGUUGCUCCUCAUUUUAAUGCUCUUGCUAGAGCAUUUCCUAGUAUUAAAAUGAUAGCGAUUAAUACCAAAAAACAUCAAAUAAUCAAUUCUCAAUUCGGAAUUGUAGGCAUACCGACUGUGAUGCUAUUUCAUAAUGGAAGACCAUUAUUGAAAUUCAAUCGACAUCAAUAUACGUUAGCUCACUUUACUAGAUUUAUUACAAUAUAUACGGGUAUUGCUCCUGAUCCGAAAUUAUUCGUAGCUUCGACUGAUUUUGGCGGUCCUUUACCAGGAGUACCGAAACAAGAAACUGAUUAUAAUUUACCUUUAUCGUGGGCUGUUAUUGGUAUCUGGUUUUUAAAAUACAUGCUUGAAAGCCGGUGGUUUUCCUCUUUCAGUAUUCCAUUUUAUGGAAGAUUGGGUGACGCCGCCCAAUAAAUCGCGAUUACUUUUUUUCAGAAAACACUAGUCGUUUUUAUUCUUCAUCUUCCGCGUUUCUCAUUCUCACUUUGUUGUACUUCGUUCUGUGAUGACUUGAUGAGUCGUUUGAUUUUUUUUUUUUUUGGUGCAAGAUAUAGCGAAAAUUGAAGAAAGUUGGUACAUUUCGAAGUUUUUAUGAUAUUUAUUUAUAGCGUGUAAAAAAAAAGGUAUGUGUAAUUUUGUUGUUACUAUUGUUGCUUUUAGUUCGUUUCGUUGUUAUUUUUUAUAAUGGUUUUAUGAUAAAACUGUAAAUUUUCUAGAUGUAUAAUAAUAUAGAGUACUUAUCGAAGAAA